UUUUUGUAGUGAUGUUUGUUACGAGGCAUCAGAGAUCAUCUUGCGGCAGAUCCCAACCUCACCACUGUAUGUACGAGAAACAAGAGUAGAAAAAAAGAUUCGGUUCCCAGCAAAAGCCAAGUUAUCUGGCUUGCAUGGGAAAAUUGUAGAUAUAACAGGUUUAGGGACUGAAUACAACAAAGUUCCCCAAAAAUCACAUAAGACAAGUGUUCUUGUUGAUAAUAUUGCCAGAGAGAGCCUGAUUCAGUGCACAGAAAAUAGUGGAUUGGAGGAACCCAAUUCACAAGGGACAGAGAGCAAUACAUCAAAAGGACAGCCAUCUGCAGUAGAGAGAAAUUUAAGAGAACAAAGAAGUGAAGCUGAGGAUGAUAACAAUAAAUUGUCAGAAAGCACAAACAAUGAAACACAAGUGAAAUCAGAUAUGGAUGUCAAAUCUAGUGAUAACACUGAUAUGGAGAGCGCGAUUCAGAAAAUGGGAAAUAUUGAAUUAGAGAAAUCCGUAUCCCAAGAGAAUAGAUCAAAGGACACAGAGUCAAGGAAUGAACUUGGAAAUAAGAAUGAGCUGUUAGGCAGCAUUAACUCUGAGGGAGGGCAAGUGAAGUCAUGUGAGGAUGUAAAAUCUACUGAGGAUUGUAUUAAGGGAAAUGUGACAGGAAAUCCUUCACACUCCUUAUAUGAUCCUUUGAUGCCAGUAUACCAAAUAGAGAAAGCAAUGAAAGAAUGGAUGUCCUUUGACUCCUUACGUGUCAUCCUUGGAGACGUAUAUGUUCGAGGAAUGUUGGAGGAAUUUGGACAUUCGUGGCAAGAUUAUGAUACAACAUCAGGGCUCAAAUUAGGCAUUGAUGCAAGGGCAAAGUACAUUGCUCUCUGUCGUAAGUUGGACCAGCAGGAAUUACAGGAGGAAAAAGAGAUGCUUCACCUUGAUGUAGAGAAUGAUUUUUCAAAAGCUCCCACAAAAGCCAUGCCUGACUAUGAGCAGCUGAAAAAAAAUGCAAGAAAACAAGAGCUCAAGGUUGUUUCAUUCUUGGGGGGAAGGGAACAGUACGAGGAAGCAAAUGUUGAAGAGGAAGGAGAGGGGAGAAAAAAAGGCCUCGAGCCCAUUCCGGAAGAACAGUGUGACACCAAUAAGCCUACGAAGGUUGCUAAUCCAAGCGAAAUAGUUGCCAAAAAAGGAAAGGGGAAAAAGACAAAGAAGAAUGUGGAUGAGUUCGAGGUGGAGACUUCAACACUUCCCUUGAUAGACUCGUAUUCACAGAUGGCAUGGCGACAACAGAUUGUGAUGGAGAAGACCAGGAAAUGCUUAAAUGAGAUCCUAGGAGUAACUGAUCUUAAUAGCGGAAAGGUUGGACAACUUCUGAAGGCACUGGUGAUCACACUUGAUCUUGAAGCUCAUAAUAUUUCCUUCAGGCCAGGACAGUGGAAUUUAAUUAUGCUGAUAUUCAUGGAAAUGUUAAGCAUCCGGUAUCCUGUUAUUAGUGCAGCAAUGAAGACUGAAAAGUAUUGUGAACUUCAGGAAAACGUCAUAUCAGGUUUUGGUCUAGACAUUGGAUACAUGUCACGUAUUGUCACAUAUCUCACUGAAAUCCAGCCUAUAAUCAGUAAAAAUUAUAGAAAUAAUAUUGAAAACAAGGAAAAUAAAGAUAUAGCAAGAACAAUGUCUAAUGAAGAUGCAACAAUAAAUAAUCAGAGAGAUUUAGCAAAUACAGUGAUUGCAGAUGAAAGACCAUUUACAUCAGGAAAACAGAUUGCUAAAGUAUAUGAUUUAGCUGAAAAUAUUAAAGAAGUGAACACACAAGAAAAAAGUUGUUUGCAGCAUGAUGAAACAGAGCAGUCACUCAGACAAGAAAUGGACACCUGCAUGAAAAGUACGUCAAUCGAGGAACUUGACUAAGAAGGAAUCCUGCUUAAUACUGUAUAUUUUGUAUAUUUUAGUUUCAAAAUGUUAUAUAUUUUUUGGACUUGGAGAAUGUUUUUAAAAAAUUCAUACAUAAGGAACAGUAUGUUUAUUUCUAAGAUACAAGACAUAAAUAUGGAUAAUG